AUGUCGAAUCUUGCAGCCUUGCUUUACAGCCUGCGGCAGCUGGAGUCCCAGCUGCAGAAGGUGAUCGGAGAGGUUCGUGCAGAGGUUGGUGUCUUGGCAAACAAUGCUGAGCUGGCCCCGGCUGCGGGUGUCGUCCAGGAUGCGGUACCAGAAGUGCCUCCGGUGUUGAAGACCUGCAUCAUGUGCAAUGACCUGGCGCGUGAUCCUUCGCAUGUGGGCAUGGCAAGCACUUCAACGCAGCACGCAGCUUCGCUUCUGAGCCAUGCAGAUGACCGUCCGAAGAUGCAUCUGAACUCUCACUUCAUGGAGCUCUCCCUGACAUCAGGAGGGGCUCUGCAUGCAGCUGGGCUCCAGCAGUCAGCGCUUCGGCGACACACUACGCGAGCCCUUUCUGCCAGGAGUUCAGAAGGAACCAUGCUGGAUUUCGACUCAGCUCCUUGCAGAGUCCUAUCGCCACACUCGCGACCUCGAAUUGCGUGGGAUGCCGUCGGAGCAGGUCUCAUCGUGCUGGAUGCAUUGAUCCUGCCGCUCAGCCUUGCGUGGGAUUUUGACGUGUCUCCAGUUCGAAGGGAUGAUCUGUUCGUGCAGCUGUAUGCUAUCAUGCACUUGGUAUUUUGGCCUUUGGAUGUUUUCGCCAACUUCAACACUGGAUUCUACCAGAAAGGGCUUCUGAAUCUGAAUCGGUCCAGCAUUGCCAAGAACUACUUGCAGACGUGGGCCUUAUUCGACGUUGCAGUCGUGGCUGUUGACUGGGUGUCCUGGCUAGCAACGACGGCAUCUGAAGGCAAGACAGACGUCGGCUAUCUCAGAACGCUGCGGACGGCACGAUACCUCCGAGCAUUUCGAAGCAUUCGUGUGCUCCGCAUCGUGAAGAAGGGAAGAAUCAACGUAAUGCUGGAGAACUACGUCAUCGCCAUGGGUCGCCAAUGGCUGAUAUUGGCAUUCAACGUCAUGAAGAUGUUGGCCUGGAUUGGGUUGACAGCUCACCUUCUGGCCUGUGCAUGGUUUGGUGUCGGAAAUCUGUAUGUGGCCACCGGCAAGAGCUGGAUCGACCUCGCCAGUGUCACCGAUUCAUCAGGCCCCAUACAAUACAUCCACGCCUUGGCGUGGAUUGUCCAACCGCCAUCCCCACCGGAGCUCUCUGUGUUAGACCCAAACAGCUUCACAGAGCGGCUGGUCUCAAUCUUUCUGGUUGUGGUUACAGUCCUGGUGAUUGGUUCAUCGCUGUCCAUGAUGACGGGAACUUUGCAAGAGAUACGAACCAUCAACAACGAACGGAGUCGGAAGCGCAGGGAGCUUCGUACAUACCUCCAUGCGCAAACAGCGCCCACCGAGCUCAUAAUGCGAAUCAUGAGCUUUGCGGACUACAAGUUGGAACGCCACUCUCCGGUGUCCUUUGACCCGGACCUGAUCUCGCCAUUGCUCAAGGCUGAGUUGGCCAUGUUUCAGAAGGGCCACCUCAUGAACGGCCAUCCGCUAUUCUCCCUCAUUAGAUCAGUCUUUCCGAAAGUGUUUGCCGACAUUUGCUGCAUUCUGGAGAAGCAGCUGUUCUACGAGGGUGAAUCUGUAUUUGUGGUCGGGCUCUUGGCGAAGGGCAUGUACAUCACCAGCCAUGGAAGCUUCUGCCUUCGCGGGGAAUCUGGCCGAGAACAGGACACCGAGCGAUUUGCAGGAGAGUACCAUUUCUUUGCGGAGGCAGCGCUCUUUGCGGAUGCCGUCGUUCACGACUGCUCGCUGGAUAUUGAGACUUUUGCAGAGGUGUAUUUCGUCUCCGGUAGAAGUAUGGCUUCCAUUCUGAUGAACUCUCCUGUUUGUGCUGCACUAUGUGUCGAAUAUGCGCGAGAGUUCGUAUCCGUAUAUUCCACAUCUGCGGUCGAAAAGACGAAAAGUGGACCUUCCUCCUCCAGUUGUGGUUGGAGACGUGAUCUGCAGUGUGCCCACACCGCUAUCCAGACCAACUCCUUCCACGUCGAGCUUCAUUUGGAUGAGCGGAAAAUGCUGAAGUCUAUCAACUUGAGUAACUUGAGUCCAACUUCCGACGCUGCAACUGCAAGCGUGUCUUCUUACGGCGGCGUCUCAUCCGUUGCGACACUGGAUUUGGGUGCAAAGCCGAUGACCAUCCGCCAGUUUACGUCUUGGGCAACUUUGGAGCGCGCAGAUCCGGAGUCGUUGGUGAGCAAGCUCCGAGAGGUCUAUGUUGAGCUGGAUCCAGCUCGUGGCCUGCAUGCAAUGUAUUCGGAGCCUGUCGAGCGCGAAAAGGCAGAAUGUGGCUGCCUUUGCCUCGCAGCCCUAGCCUCGAACAGCUACGACUAUUUCGUGGCACCACAGAAGGUGGAAUCUCGAUUAGAGUCGGGCCAGUGGAACCAACUCAGAGGCAUUCUCAGCUGGGCUGCGCCCACGCAGGAGAUGCUGCAAGCCGCCUUCUUUUUGCUUUCCGUGCGAAGCAUCGGCAAAUACAGGACUGUAACGCGGCAGCUUCCUGAGGCGCAUCAACGUCCGGAAGCUGCUUUGCUUUACAUCUUAGACCACUUCCCGAACGUGGUUCCCACGGUGCACAGCUUGAGUGAGACGGCGAAAACCUUGGUGACCAAUGUCCUGCAGCUUCAACAGGAUUUCAUCUUGCCCCAAAUGCUACAGGGUGAGAACGUACCUGCGAACCUGGCCCAGCUGCAGUGCUUCGUCCAGGAUAAAGGCGAGGAAACGCUGAAAUUUUACGUUGUCUUCCUGCUGGGCUUCUUGAGUGCUCUGCAAGGUGGCACGGGGUCGAGCUUCAUGACGGCGGCCAAUGCGAAGAAUAUCAUCCUGGGCCUUUCCACAGUUCAGCAGCUUCUCGCCACGGAUCCACGCCUCCUUUACUGGAUGUACAUCUACCAGAGAGGAAUGCAGCUUCGUCAGCCUGCGAGUUCUUCUGAGGAUCUGGCUGUUCUGCGGCUGGCCUGCCUUUGCCGAGUCAGCGAUAGACGUUCGUUUGAGGAGUUGUCGAGAGACUGGGCCGAGCUUAGUGCUCAUGACCAAGAUGUCCUGACGCAACAUUUUCUGGCAAGCGGUAUCCAGAGCGCGGCCAUUGUUUUCGAGUUUCUUCCACUGUGCCUGGAGCGCGCAAAGAGGAAUCGGCAUGUAUCGGUGCCAUGUCUUCUGGAAGUGCUUGUCGUCUUGGUGGAAGCGGUCUUCGCUGUUCGGGCAAACGAGCCAACGGCAGGAGAAAUCAUCACUGUUGACUUGUCCAACUUGGCCGCUUUCAUACUCAUGGUGCAGAAUCGGUUCGUCUUCCAGACCUGUCUCUCUCGGUCCAAGCUGAUUGCGCAGCACACAUCCCAGAAGCACGACCAGGGCAAGCGAGACGUUUGGUUCCGACUGGACCUGACUGAGGACAACUGGAAUCGGGUAAACGAGAGACAGCACGACGUGGCCCUGCUUGCCAGUACAGUGCGGGAAAUACUGCAUCGACAGCAGAGCACGAAGCAGAAGGCUUUUGAUACCGUUAGUGUAUAG